AUGGAUACGCCGGUAUAUGAUGUCAAUUUGGAGCAGUUUGAAGAGCCAGCAAGGAGCGUUGUGAAAUCGAUGUUGGCAAAACUGGAACCAACUGAAGAAGACAUCAAGCGAGUACUGUCAGAGGAUGAACUAAAGGAAUUGUGCCGAAAAGUUAAAUGUCGCGUCGAUGCCUUUCGUUGGAAUCCCGUUGAGGAUUACAAUAGAUAUUUUAAACGACGAAAUCGUUUUGUUGGCAAAUCACCUCUGGAACAGAGACAACUACUUGCCAAAGCUGUAAAUCGUUACUAUCAUAUCAAAUGGAAAUUUAAUGAGGAAGAAAUGCGUAAGGAAAGGCGAAAAGAAUGGAUUAUUCAAAAGAAAAAUAAUUUACUUUCAUUGGAUCUAUGGGCAUAUGAAAGACAAAAAGAAGCUGGAGAACAAACACCAGUUUUGCAGAUAUCUGAUUCGGAGAAUUCAGAAAGUUUAGAGGUAUUACAACCAACACAAAUGCCUGAAAUACAACGGCGUGAGAGUGAAGAGGAGGAAUAUGAGGAAAUUCUACCAGAUAUACAACCGACACAAAUGCCAGAUAUACAAAGUCAGGAAAGUGUGCACCGUGUACCACCAUCACCAUUGGUCCAAAUGACGCAGCAAGUCGAAGAGGACGAGGAGGAGGAAAGCGAUGAAUCAUCACUUCCAGCCGGUGUUCGUUUUGUGAUCUCCGAAUCAUUGGAAGAUGAUGUGCCCGAGCCAAAUUCGGAAGAGCAAAUUUAUAUGGAUAAAGAAUCGGUCAAUAUUAAUUCGGAAGAGCUACAAAAAAGAGGCAUACCCGACAAACAUGUCGUUAAAAUGUUUCAGGUCAAUACCGAUUCGUUGACAUUGACCUCGGAAUUUCCGGAAUCACAAUCCAUAACUGAUUAUAAUAAUGGUGUACAUUCGCAGGAUGUUAUACAUGAUUAUGAUGACUUUGAUAUUGGUGUGCCACAAACUUCAACACAAUCGCAGGGUGUUAGUAAUUAG